AUGUUCCUGGGGGCACUGCUGGCCGUGAUGUUGCUGCUGCUGACGCUGAUCCUGCUACAGUGCGAUGGCCGGGCACUGAAACGAGACAAAACCGUGCCGGACGAUGACGAUGGCUACAGCUUCCUGUCGAAGCAAGCGGCCACGGAGAAUGCAUGCGAGCAGCUGCCACCACCGGUGCUGACCGAAAUACUAGGACCGGCGUUUAAUCCACGCUACAUGAGCAUCGAAGAGCCACCGGUAGCGGAGAGCGGCGGUGAUCAAUCGAACCCGGCCGGAAAGCGGGAUGCGGAACCGUUUCCACCGUUCUACGUCGACGAUAAGUACUCGCUCGAGCUGAGCCACAAACCGGCCUGGGAGGUGAAACACGUUGCGGAACCGAUCCCGCAGGGUGAGCUUGUUGGCGGGCGGGUCGGACGGACACGGCGCGAUCUCUUCAACGACAUUCUGGACACGCUGGAACCGGCCACAUCCGUGGAGGACGACGUCACACAAUCUGCUCGGUCGGUCCGAUCAUUCGGUGGUAAGGGCCGUACGCGAUCGUCCAGCUCCGGGGGAACGCCGCGACCGUGGGAGUGCGAGGCGAAGAUACGGUGGAUCGAUCUUGGUCCGGAGUACUUUCCCCGGUUUCUGCGGACGGUUGAGUGUACGCGGCAGAACUGCUGGUACGGACACUACUCCUGCCAGCCGCGCUCGUUCACGGUGAAGAUCCUGCGGAGGCGAACGGGCGAAUGCGUCCAGAGCGACCGGUUACGGCGCAUCGGUGUCGACGGAUUGCCGGGCGAGCUGCGGGAGCUGUGGGUAUGGGAGGAGCGGGCGGUCAACUUUUGCUGUGACUGUGCGCCAGCCUUCUGA